AGCUCAGCUCCAGGUACGCAUCUACCCCGUCUCCCCGCAUUUAUCUCCUUUCACCUGUGGUCUUAUCACCUCCCUGUCUACGGAGUAUAUUUCUGCAUUUUUUAUCUGGAGAUAGAAUAUAUUUACUCUACCGUUGAUGGCUCUGCCGUCUGCACGCAUUUUCAGACCAGUCACUUACUCCUGUCGAUACCUACGCAGUCCCUCGUUCCCACGUCCUUGUUGGGGUCCCCCGCCCACGACUCGCAGAUUCACCACCAUGCCCUCGCAGGCCGCCUUACUGAUCGGAAAAAUCACCCAUGCCCGCAAGGAAUGGGAAGCGCUCUCGUCGAUAUUGACUCUGAAGGUAGGCGAUAA